AUGCUGGAAGCAAAAGUGGUUAUUAUUCCUGAUCAAAAAUUCGAGGACUGCACUGUAGGAUCAGAAAAUGCAAGAGUAUUUGACUUCUCAAACUUUAAACUAGUUCCGGUCAAUGACACGCACACCUUCACAAAUGGAUCUUGGAAAUUUCUACAUCGAUUGGCGAGUCCAUGGCGUGGAAGUAUGACAACUGAAAAAUAUGUUCGUGGCGAGUGGCUUAUGCAGGCAUUUAGCAGGCAAUAUUCUGAUAUUUGUGCGACAUUUCAUAAUCCACUUGAGCCAUUUUAUGAAUUUACUAAGGACAUGACUGGAUGUCCUGCUGAGAAAGGGUCCACAUGGAUAUUUGACAUGAAGCCAAUAAUCUUUUCGAAAUCAAUUUUGAGCACGAUUCCUCCGCAUUAUGUUGGACGUUGGCGAGCCAUAUUCACCAGUGAUUUUAAAAUUAACGGCGAGAAAGUUAAGGAUUUUUUUGAAGAUUGUGCGCCGGAAGAUCAAUAUGCUGGGAUUUUUGACUUUUCAGAAUUUGAAUUAAUUCCUGAAAAUGACACUCACACGUUUGCUAAUGGAAAGUGGAAAUUUAGCAAGCCAUUAAAUAUUCCAUGGCCAGGAGCAUUGAUAACUGAAAGAUAUGAACGUGGACAGUGGCUAGUUCAAGCUUUUAAUCGAAACUACACAGACAUUUGUCCAACUUUACAUAGACCUACAGAGCCUGUUUAUGACAUCUUUAAGCAUGUUGCUGGAUGUCCAAUGCCUGCUGGAAGUGCAUGGGAUUUCGAUAUGGUUCCAAUAACAUUCCCAGAAUUUUUAUUAAACACAAUUCCUCCACAUUACGUGGGCAGAUGGCGUGCAACGUUUUACUCAGAAUUUGAAGUCCUUGAAGAUUGCACACCUCAAAAUGAAAUCGCCAAUGUUUCUGACUUUUCCGAACUCAAACUAAUUCCUGAAAAUGACACUCACACAUUUCUCAAUGGAAAAUGGAAGUUUAUCAGGCCUUUGCGAGCCCCAUGGAUAGGCUCAUUAAUAUUUGAAAGAUAUGAACGUGGUCAAUGGCAUGUUCAGGCUAUUAAUAGAAAAUACAAAGAUGUUUGUACAAGUAUAAAGAGUCCAAUGGAACCUGUUUAUGAUGUUUUUAAGGAUGUUGCUGGAUGUCCUAUGGAAGGUGGGGAGUUCUGGGAAUUCAACAUGAUUCCAAUAACGUUCAAUCAAAUGAUGCUUAACUCAAUUCCCUCUUAUUAUAUGGGACGUUGGAGAGCAACUUUUGCAUCAGAAUUUGAAGUCAAUGGAAAAAUUCUGAAGGAAUGUAGACGAGCGUAUGGUGACAUGUUUGAAGCUUAA